AGUGCCUCUCAUCGGGCAUGUGAGUGUCGCCAGCCCAGGCCGCGGCACUCAAGAUUGAAAUAUCGCGAUGAGCGAGUUCGGCGGCUAUCAACUUUCGCUUCAGUUCUGAGCUGUCACUUGUGGUGAAAAAAAGGCGAAGAGAUUUUGCUCCCGUGAAAAAAAAUGGCCAACAAUUCCGGCGGAAAGCGACCCAAAAUCACCCAACUGAUCGCAAAGGUCGUCAGCCUCGAUGGGUUCGGCGGGGCGCGAUGUCCCUGGUGCCCGUACCAUCAGGAGUUGUUCCUGAUGUACAACUUCCACCGGCACAUAAUGGCCAAACAUCCGGCCGAAGCGGCGGCGGCGGGCUUUGCGGACUGCAGGCGGUAUCGGAAAAAUGCCCAACAAAUUCCAGAGUCUCUCGCCAAAUUCGUCACAUCCAACGACAAGGGAGCGCUCUGUAGAAUCACCAACGGUCAAUGUCGAUACUCGCAGCCUGUUUUCAACUUGAAACGGUUCCAAAGACACAUGUGCCUCAUACACCCGUGGGAAGCAUUGCAGCAGAACUUGUCCAUCGAGCAAAGUGGCGGCAGCUAUCCCAAAAAUUACCAACUGGUUCUGCAAUUCCUUACGUACGACGCGAACGGCAUCUACUGCCGCAUGGAUCCGGACUCGAAGUGUUCCUACCGGUUGCCGACCUUGAACCCAUACUUUUUCAAGCGGCAUUUUUUGGACCAUCAUCCCGAGCAUGCAGCCCGAUACGGUAUCACCGGGGACGCGGACGAUCUGCCCAAAGCUGGCAGUGCCGUUCGCACGAAAACCUUAUCCACGCUGGUGGAAGAGAAUGUUUACAUGGACGAGAGGGGGAGCCACUGCCUGCUGGAUCCCAGCUGUGACUUUACGGUUCAUGGUUUUGACGGCCUCAGACUGCUGAACCAUUUUCGCCGCAAGCAUCCGGCACUGGCGAAGGCGAAGGGGUUUUUCGAGAAAAAGAAAUCAUCGCAACAGGCAGCGGAUGUCAACGGUAGAAUCUGGCAAUGCACCCAGAAGGACGAUGAUGGAAACUUUCACUGCCGGAUUGAUGGCGAUUGUUCGUUUAUGCAGCGAAAGUUCUCCAGCAUAAUUUUUUUGCACCAUUUUCGCUAUCAACAUCGAAGUGCGGCUAAAAAGAUGAGUUUUUGCGAAAAAAAUCGAAUGCUGCCCAAAAGAAAUCGCUGGAUGAAAAAGAAUUGCCGAGCCCCGCAGUACAUACAAAAGGUGAGACAACAUACCGAGACUGACGAGAGUGGGACGCGCUGUCGAAUCGCUGGGCUGGAUUGUGAGUACGUACAAAGUACGUUCAGGCCGGGCAACUUCCAGCGACACUUCCGGAACGUUCACCCCAAAGAGGCGAAACAGCACGGGUACUUUGACGAUACCAGCAUUACCAUUGUGAAAAGUGAAUUUGGGAAGCCAGAUGCGGGAAAUCAACCAAAGAGGCCCGACUACGGUGAAAUGAUCGAAAAGCACAUCAUGAGAGACAAUCUCGCCAUUUAUUGCAGAAUCAGUGCCGAUUACUGCAGGUUUCGGCAGUUUAAGUUCGACUUGGCAAGUUUCGUGCGGCACUUCCGCAAAGAUCAUCCGAAGGAAGCGAGGGCGAAGGGAUUUGCCAAGGUGGGUCAAACGGCGAGGAAAAAGAUCAAGAAGGAAGCACCGGACGAUCCUUUGGCCAUCAAGGAGGAAGUAGAAGAUGACGAGGAGGAGCAAUCGGAUAGCGCGGAUUGGGGAUUGCUAACUCCGGACGAGGCGACCCCUUCGAUGAGGCCGCUCACGUCAAUUCACGAACUGGUCGAGAAAAAUACGCUGCGAGUCAAGACCGACGUGUUCUGUAAGAUCUCCGCUGAGCACUGUGACUACAGUCGAAGUGAGGGUUUUGACUCGAAGGAUUUCGUUCGUCACUUCCGUUUCAAGCAUCCCGACGAAGCGAGAGAGAAAGGAUUCUUUGGGGAAGAGAACGAGGAGCAACUUCCACUGGAACGGAAAUCGUUCCGGUGUUUGGUCAUGGAAAACGUGCUCGUGGACGAGAAAGGGAUCCACUGUAUGAUCAGCGAAACGGCCUGUCCGCUGUUCCAGAUCGCGUUCAACGUUGGUAAUUUUGUGCGACACUUUCGCAACGAGCACGCGCAGCUAGCGGAGGAAAAGGGCUUCGUACGGCGAAAAUUCCUCAAGAAAUAUAGGAAGCAGAAACGAACUGCAGCCGAGGAAACAUCCGAGCGGGUACCGUACGUCGCGCCCAUCUCCCGAAGGGAGCUUGUAGAAAAGUACGUCGAGAAAACGGAAACCGGCAUCCAGUGCAAGCUCACCGAUUACUGCAAGCACGUCCAGGUUAAAGAGUUCCGUUACAACAACUUUUACCGACACUUUAUUUCCACCCAUCCGGUGGAGGCGAAAGCCGCGGGAUUCUUCGAUGACGGGAGAUACCUCAAUUAUGUCGCUACCGCGAAACCCGGCAAGCUGUUGUACACUCAACUCGUCAAAAAGUGGACCGAGCGUGAUGACAUUGGAACACAUUGCCGCAUAGCUUCGAGCAAGUGUCGAUACGUUCAGCGAUACAACUACUGUUCGGGCAACUUUGUGCGCCACUUCCGGAUUGAACAUCCGAAGGAAGCGCGCAAGUAUGGAUUCUUUAGAGACCAAAACUCCGACAAUGAAGCACCUGAAACGGAGUCGGAAGCCGAAUCAGUCGCAAAUGAGGUGAAAAUGGAAUCGUUCAGUCUUGAGGGAAAUGAACCGGAGAGUAUUUGUCCUGAUGCACCCCCAGAACACCCGCUGCAAAGAAAGAACAUAACCUUUAAAGAGCUCGUCAUGGACUACAUAUCCAGCGAGGGAGACGGAGUGCACUGCCGGAUAGCGCAGAGGCCGUGCCGAUACGUACAAAAAGGGACCUUCAGUUACCACAAUGUGGUCAGCCAUUUCCGAACGGCGCACCCGACGGAAGCGAGAGCGGCGGGAUUCUUCCGAAAUCUCGCUGCUGCUUCCGAACCGGAACUCGAAUCUGUUGAACGCAUAAUUCCGGAUGAACCGGACGCACGAGACGAAACGAUGGAAUCGUUUACUCGGGAGGAAAGUCAACUGGAGAUUCGAUGUCCCGAUACAAUCCGCGACAAACCGCCAGAGGAAUCGCAUUCUGAGGAUCAAAGUGUAAGCCAGAGCCAGCUCACCGAAAAGUACAUCUUGCGAGAUGAAGUGGGAGUCCACUGUCGAAUAUCUCAAUGGCCGUGCAAAUAUGUCCAGACAGGCAUUUACGCGUACCGGAACUUCGUUCGCCAUUUCCGCUCCAUACAUCCCAAGGAAGCUAGAAAGAUUGGCUUUUUCGCGGGCGUCAACGAAACAUCGGAACCGGAAACGGAGCACGAAUCUGUCGAGCUUGGGGAGGGUCAGUCAAUGGAUCCCGAUACAUCUGAUGACGAGCGUUGGAAGUUGAAAAACGGGCUGCCAAGCUUGAAACGGCUUACCAAAAAGUUUAUUUACCAAGAUGCCCAAGGAGUUUACUGUCGAAUAUCCGCCCAGCCGUGCAGAUACAUCCAGAGGGGGGAGUACAAGUACACAAAUUUUGUACGCCAUUUUCGCACGGAACAUACGGCGGAAGCAACGGAGGCUGGAUUUUUCAGAGAUUACAGUGAAGCUACGGAACAGGAAUCAGUCAACGGUACAGUUGAGCAGGAGGAUUCUGAUACUGACAUACCCCUUGAACUCGACCUCGGCGGUAAAACAGGCCUGAUUGAGAUCGUUGCAAAAUGUGUCUAUCGCAACCAAAAAGGGAUUCACUGUCGGAUUUCCUCAUCGCCGUGCUCGUAUGUUCAAACUUCCGGUUUCAAGUACCGAAAUUUCAUCAGUCACUUUGCCAUCCAACAUACGGAGGAAGCUAGUAAGGCCGGAUUCUUCAGAAAUGACAACGACUCUUCGGAACCGGAACUGGAACCAGUUGGAGGCAUUGCCUACGAUUCAAUCACGCAAGACGAAACCAUGGAAUCGUUCACUACCGAACAAAGCCAACCAGAAAAUGCUGAAGCAUCCCAAGCUCGAGCAUUACUCUGGAAGAAACCAAGCCUGAAGGAACUUGCCGAAAAGUGUAUCUUCCGAGACGAAAACGGUGCUCACUGCCGGAUAGCUUCGUGGCCGUGCAAGUACGUGCAAAGCUCCACCUUCGUCGUGGGAAAUUUUGUGCGCCAUUUUCGUACCGAGCAUCCGAAAGAGGCUAGAAACAUCGGGUUUUUCCGAGAAAAAUCGAAACCGGUUCCCGUACCCGCGCAAAAUUCACGUAUCGAAGACGUAACGUUGGAACCGAUGGUUGUUGAGCAAAGCCGACCGGUGGAGGUUCUACGUCCGGUUGUGUCCCAAGACAAGUCAAAAAGACGAAAAACGCGCUUACCUUUACCGAGCUCGCCGAGAAGUGUAUCGUCCGGGACGAGGAAGGAGUUCAUUGUCGUAUAACUCCAUGGCCGCCGUGCAAGUACGUUCAAAAGUCCAC